CCAGAUCAGAUGGGCACUUGCAGCUGUCUGCACUUGCGGCCCCUCCAGCCUUUCCAGGCUUAGGGGAAGUGGGGACACCCCUGCCUUGUUUCUGGGUUCUGUCCUCGGAGCUGGCUCCAGACCGUGUUGGCCUGCUCAGGCUCAUGCCUGGAUUGGGUGCCAAGGCGCCGCCUCCUUCUCUGCGCGCCCGCGCGCUCGCUCCCGCCCUCCUCCCCGCCCUCCUCCCCGCCCCAGCCCGCUCCGGUCUCAGCCGUUUGGGCUCCGCACUGCAGAUGCCAGCCGCCCUCCCCGAGCUCCGCUGCUCCCGCCGCGUCUCUCUGAUCCUCUCGGCUCCGGAGCUCCGGCUGCUCGCUCGCGGCUCUCCAGGGAGCCUGGCCGGCUUGAGCUCCCCGAGUCCUGCGAGCGCAGAGGUUCCGACGCAGCAGCGAGGACCGGGGCGGCCGACGGUGCUCUCUCUCGGAUGCGGCAGGACAAGCUGACCGGCUCCCUGCGUCGUGGCGGGCGAUGCCUGAAGCGCCAGGGCGGCGGCGGCGGCGGCGGCGGCGGCGUGGGCACCAUCCUGAGCAAUGUGCUCAAGAAGCGCAGCUGCAUCUCGCGGACCGCGCCCCGGUUGCUCUGCACCUUGGAGCCGGGAGUUGAUACAAAAUUGAAGUUCACACUUGAGCCAUCCUUAGGCCAGAAUGGUUUUCAGCAGUGGUACGACGCUCUCAAGGCAGUUGCCAGGCUGUCAACAGGGAUCCCAAAGGAGUGGAGGAGAAAGGUUUGGUUGACCUUGGCAGAUCAUUAUCUGCACAGUAUAGCCAUCGACUGGGACAAAACCAUGCGCUUCACAUUCAACGAGAGAAGCAAUCCUGACGACGACUCAAUGGGGAUUCAGAUAGUCAAGGAUCUGCAUCGCACGGGCUGUAGUUCCUACUGUGGCCAGGAGGCAGAGCAAGACCGCGUGGUUCUGAAGCGGGUGCUGUUGGCCUAUGCCCGCUGGAACAAGAAUGUUGGGUACUGCCAAGGCUUCAACAUCCUGGCUGCCCUGAUUCUGGAAGUGAUGGAAGGCAAUGAGGGGGACGCUCUAAAAAUUAUGAUUUACCUGAUUGAUAAGGUACUUCCAGAGAGCUACUUUGUCAAUAAUCUUCGGGCACUCUCUGUGGAUAUGGCUGUCUUCAGGGACCUCUUGAGAAUGAAGCUCCCGGAACUGUCUCAGCACCUUGAUACUCUGCAGAAAACGGCAAACAAGGAGAGCGGAGGUGGCUAUGAGCCCCCGCUCACCAACGUCUUCACGAUGCAAUGGUUCCUCACUCUCUUUGCCACGUGUCUCCCUAACCACACCGUUCUGAAGAUCUGGGACUCGGUCUUCUUUGAAGGUUCAGAGAUCAUCCUGAGGGUGUCCCUGGCUAUCUGGGCAAAACUGGGAGAGCAGAUAGAAUGUUGUGAAACGGCAGACGAGUUCUACAGCACCAUGGGACGCCUCACCCAGGAGAUGCUGGAGCACGACCUCCUGCAGAGCCACGAACUCAUGCAGACCGUCUAUUCGAUGGCUCCGUUCCCUUUCCCACAGCUGGCAGAGCUGAGGGAAAAGUAUACUUACAACAUUACACCGUUCCCAGCCACGGUUAAGCCUAUUUCAGCUUCCGGGCGAUACAGUAAGGCCGGAGAUAGUGAUGAAGAGAAUGACCCAGAUGAUGAGGAUGCUGUUGCUAGUGCCGUGGGGUGCCUUGGACCGUUCAGUGGGCUCCUGGCACCUGAACUGCAGAAGUACCAAAAGCAGAUUAAAGAGGUGAGUGAGGAACAGACCCUGAGAUCAAACAACAUCGCAGAGCUGACCCCGGGCGCCAUCAAUUCCUGUCGGAGUGAGUACCACGCGGCCUUCAACAGCAUGAUGAUGGAGCGGAUGACCACCGACAUCAACGCGCUGAAGCGGCAGUACUCCCGGAUUAAGAAGAAGCAGCAGCAGCAGGUCCAUCAGGUGUACAUAAGGGCAGGGUCUAAAGAAGAAAAGGACCUUGGGUUUUUUUUAGGUCCUGAGGAGCAGUCUGUGGAUGGUAACAAAGGGCCAGUGACCAGCAUCCUUCCAUCUCAGGCAAAUAGUUCUCCAGUGAUCAAUCACCUUCUCCUAGGGAAAAAGAUGAGAAUUACAAACAGAGCAUCCAAGAACGCAGUCAUCCACAUCCCUGGCCACACAGGAGGCAAAAUAUCUCCUGUCCCCUAUGAAGACCUUAAGACAAAGCUCAACUCUCCGUGGCGGACUCAUAUCCGAGUCCACAAAAAGAACAUGCCAAGGACCAAGAGUCACCCAGGCUGUGGGGACACCAUCGGGCUGAUAGAAGAACAGAAUGAAGGCUGUAAGGCCAGCAGCCUGGGGGCAGCGGAGGAGUUUUCCUCUAGUUGUGUGGCAGCAGCUCACGCCGAGGGCAGCAGCCGUGACGGUGGUGCUCUGAGGACAAUCGAAGGGCAGUCUCCCGAGCCGGUAUUUGGGGAUGCUGAUGUUGACGUGGCCUCUGUUCAGGUGAAAUUAGGAGCCUUGGAACUGAACCAAAGGGAUGCCGCCGCCGAAACUGAGCCGGAGGUGCCCCUUCCCUGCCAGCGGCAUGCCCCGGAGUUAGCCGAUGCCCCUGGAGAAAGCCAGCCAGCCAGCAAGCCUCUCCCAGGCAGCAGCUCAAAGACCCCCAUCUUCAGCCCCUUCCCCAGUGUCAAGCCACUGCGAAAGUCAGCCACGGCCAGGAAUUUGGGGUUAUAUGGCCCUACAGAAAGAACCCCAACUAUGCAUUUCCCUCAGAUGAGCAGGGGCUUCAGCAAGUCGGGUGUUGGGAACAGUGGCACCAAGAAGAGGUGACGCCUCCUGGCCGCUCAAGGACUCAGGCGGCACGUUGGCGGAAGCCCGCCAGCCACGCCCUUCCUGCUUCAUUUACCCAGUGAGAACUAACCCAGAGAUUCGGAGCUGAACACCGACAGCCCCAUCCAGAUGGGAAUUGGAAAGCUUCAUGGUGGGAGCCAGAGAAGGGACCAAAUCCCUAUCCGCUGGGUAGCUAGCUGGUAAAGUGGAAUCUCGUGACUAAAUAAAUCUCGUGCUUCUCAAGUGUGGACUUUUCCCAGUUUUCCUUGUGAGCUCUUUCGAGAAGACAAUAUGUAGGCUGUUCAGCCCUCUUCUGGCCUCCUCAGGGCCUUUUUGGGAUCCCUGAAACAACAUUUCCUUGGCCUUUCUGUCCUCUGGACAUCACGAAUACUCAAGCAUGAAUGAACACACCAGCUUGCUAGAACUGAAACUGUAGAAAGUAAGUUUCUUAGCUACAAAAACUUCCUCAUGUUCCUCUUUUUGCUCUGUUGGGGAGGGAAUUUGUGUGUGUAUUCGUGUGUGUGUGUGUAUGUGUGUAUGUAUGUAUGUAUGUGUGCGUUUGUGUACUUUAACAACAUGUCUUCAAGUUUUUAAUUCUUGAGCUAAAGCAUAGCAGAAAAGUCGAGAUAACCUUUCUUUAACUUUCUCUUUCUACCUGUGACAAGAAAACCUUUAAAUCAGUUGAAACUGAGUAGCCGCACUGAAGCUUGUGUGUAGACAUGUACGGGCUAUGCAGUAAGCAACCUCUCUGAGCUGUUUCCUGAUCCCCACCUUCCCAGAGGCUUGUUUUCUUCCCUCAAGAACUCAUGGGCUCUGUGUGGAACUUGUGCAUCCCUGGACUUGGGUGCUGUGCCCCGGCUCUCUCUAUCCAAGGCACAGAGCCUCGCUCAAAGCCAGAACAUGGCUCCCGUGACUCUGUUACUCGAAUUUUGUGCUUUUCGGGUUGGAGUACUUUGUUACUUGAACACUGCCUUUCUCUGGAGAAGACCCUAGCUCUCUCCCCACAUUCUUUCUCUAACUCCACUCCUCCCCUGGUCCCAGUAGGUCAGCGAUAGCACCUCUUGUCUCCACUAUGCAGUCAGGAACGCUGAGCCACAGAUGAAGGGCGCUUCAGUGUUUCAUAGGCACUAACCACGUUUCUUCUAGUACGAUAAGCUGGCUCACUGCUCUUUGUCUGAGCCCAUUGGCUACCUGAGCGUGUAUGAGCCAAGACUAGGAAGCCAUUCAAUACACAGCCUUCCAACUCAAAGGCUUAUUCUCUAGAAGGUAGAGAGCCCUGGAAUGGUGUUUACAGAAAGCGCCGCGGAACCCCCUCAUCGUGAAAACUUAGUUUUCUUUUCAAAAUGCUUCAUGCGCCUAUCCUUUGGCUGAAUGAAGGGCUCUCCACUCAAUCUCCAAUCACUACCAGAGUUCAGUCUUUACCUCCAUCUCUCAAAGCCUUGGGGCAGUUCUUGCAGGAAUACUGUUGAAGCCAGCAGUGUUGAUCGGAGCGAGCUUGUUUGCUGAUCCUGAAGCCAGGCCUGGUUUCCCCAGAAGGCUUUUUACAAUGAGAAGUACUCAUUUUUUUUUUUUUUUAAUAAGAUAGAGUGGAGUUGUAUGGGCCGUUUUAAAUAAAUAAACAAAUAAACCUGUAUAGGAAUCUCACAUUUUAUCCCCAACAUGGUGUUUGCACCUCCAAAGGCCCGAAGAUGGAAUAAGCUAAUAAGUUGUUCCAGUUCUAUCUGAAGUUAACAGGAGGCUUUCUUACAGACAGCCGUGUCCUUCCUCUGCCUAUUGCGAAGGAUGUGGGAGUGGGGUUGGGGGGAGGCUUAUUUUGCAUACCACACAAAGGUGAUAGGAUCCACUGUAUUCCAAAGAUGGGCCCAAGAAAAGAAUUUCUUCUAUCUGCUCAACUUCAGAUAGCAACUGACCACCCCAUUAUCAUUUUUUCUCUUUCAUCCCAGUUACUCCUCACCCCCUGCCAUGUCUGACCUGAAUUGAAAAUGGUUCUCUCUCCACCACUCCCUGUUUCCCCCCCACCUCCCAGGGUCUGGGUGUUUGGAGGGAGGAGGUGGGUAAUCCGGUGAGGCCAUCUACCAGCUGUUCUAUCCAUCACUCUCCCCGAUUUUGUCUUGAGAAGAGACAGCACAGGGUUUGGGGCGAGUAUAGUUGAAAGGAAAAUGGCUUCUGCGGUAAAAAUGACCGUGUUAAUUCAGGACACCCCACAGAUUCCCGUCAGAGCUCUCUGUGCUGAUAACGUGCAUGCACCGUACCAAGUCACCACGACGUCAGCCAGUCCACUUCUGAGCCUUGCCUCUUAGGAAAAGAACUCUAACAGCGCCAUCUCCCCAGCAUGCACCAAGGGCGUGGGCUCGCCAGCUUCCCCCUGUGCCGGGCACUGCCUGCAGACACCAGAAGAACUUAACCCAUGUUGGCAGCCCCUCUCAGCACUUUCCUGGAAGCCAGCUGCACCUCACUCCUCUCUAAAAAGACCUAGAUCUAAACCUAGUCUGUCAUGUCGACCUAUGGCUGUAACUGUUUGGAGCAACGCUCUCCUUUCUUUUGUCUCGUUCUGAAGAACUGUACUGCUCACAAAGACGUAUGCAUAAAGAUCCUCACUGCUGUG